AUGGAACAAGAAGAACAUGAUAAAGAAGGCCGGGUGAUUAUAGCUGAAUUUGAUGCGUUUGUGCUGGUUACAGCCUAUGUACCUAACGCAGGCCGCGGUCUGGUGCGACUGGAGUACCGGCAGCGCUGGGAUGAAGCCUUUCGCAAAUUCCUAAAGGACUUGGCCUCACGUAAGCCUCUUGUGCUGUGUGGGGACCUCAAUGUGGCUCAUGAAGAGAUUGACCUUCGCAACCCCAAGGGAAACAAAAAGAAUGCUGGUUUUACUCCACAGGAGCGCCAAGACUUUGGGGAACUGCUGGAAGCUGUACCACUGACUGACAGCUUCCGGCAUCUCUACCCAGAUACAGCUUAUGCCUAUACGUUCUGGACCUACAUGAUGAAUGCACGGGCCAAGAAUGUUGGUUGGUGUCUUGAUUACUUUCUGUUGUCUCACUCUCUGUUACCUGCACUGUGUGACAGCAAGAUCCGUUCCAAAGCCUUGGGCAGUGAUCACUGUGCAAUCACUUUACUCCUAGCACUGUGA